AUAGGGUGCAAGAAUUAAGAAAAAUCUGAUUUCAUGGUGCUUCGAAAAAACUUUCCCUAUACUGUUAGAGUCACGAGCGUAUGAAUUGUAUUCUCUUUAUAUAGUUUUAGACAAUCCUUAUCUCAUGAGUUAGUCUUUAUGAUCCAGUUAGGUCCAACAGUCUACUUUUCUUAACACGGCGUUAAGUAACGCUCCAAAUGUCUGAGCGAUCGUGUAGGAAAGUUUUAGAAUUCCACAUUGCUUAGCGUCAUAAUACGAUUUUGAACAAUUCUCGCCUCAUAGCUACCUUUUGUGGUUGAAUAGAUCCAUUGAAAUUAAAUUCUUCCUUAUAAGAAAAGUAAAAGGAGUUGAAUUCUUCCAACCACCAGUCCUUCUCUCAGUGACAGUACGAAUCCAAAAUCACUAAUCAUGAACACUCUAGUUGAGUUUCUUGCACUUCUAGUCUUGUUUUCUCCAGCUUGUUUAGCUAAACAAGCCAACUUCACUGAUUAUGCUGCUUUACUAGCGUUCAAGUCUAGCCUUUUAUUGGAACCUCACAACAUUGUGUCCAAAACAUGGAGCUCAAAAACACACUUCUGCAGCUGGUACGGAGUUUCAUGCUUGAACCAGAGAGUUGUAGCUUUGCAACUUCCUAAUUUGGCCAUUCAAGGCGAAAUUGUUUCAGACAUUGGCAACUUGACUCAACUUGCUGUUCUUGAUCUGAGUAGCAAUGACUUGAACGGCAAUUUGCCAAGUGAAUUGGGCUUCUUGCAACAACUGAGACUUUUGAAUCUGACCGGGAAUUCUCUUCAAGGAACCAUUCCUCCAAACAUAAGCCGUUGUCACUUACUGCAAGAACUUCAUUUAUCAGAUAAUAUGAUCAAAGGAAGCAUACCCCAGGAACUUGGCCUUUUAAACCAACUCAGGUUUUUGCGUCUCAACAACAAUAACCUCACAGGCAAGAUUCCAUCUUUAUUAGGAAACUUAUCAAAGCUGGAAUACUUUUAUCUACAUGAAAAUGAUGAUUUAAAGGGUGAAAUACCAUCUGAACUAGGUGAUCUUUCCAAUUUGAAGCUCCUUUCCUUUCGUGGCAAUAGAUUCACUGGUUCAAUACCUGCUUCAAUUUUCAACAUUUCAAGAUUGCAAAUUGUAGAUUUGUCCAUAAAUGCCUUCUCAGGAGAACUUAUAAGUGAUUUGGGUAAAUAUCUUCCUAUCCUUGAGCGUCUUUUUCUGGACAGCAAUAGGAUAACUGGGAAAAUCCCUGUUUCUCUAUCUAAUGCAUCAAAGCUUACUGAUCUCUGGUUAACUGAAAAUGAUUUGGAAGGAAAUAUUCCAAGUGAGUUUGGUAAGUUGCAUGAACUGGUCUGGUUUGAAUUUGAAUAUAAUCGAAUUUCUGGUGCCAUUCCGUCCAGCUUGUUCAAUAUUUCGUCGCUUGAAAUCCUCAAAGCCAGGCAUAACUACUUGAAUGGACAUGUUCCUCAUGAUCUUGGUACCUGGAUACCUAAUUUGCAGGAGAUUUUCCUUUCACACAACCAAUUUAGUGGAGAUUUACCAUCUGCAAUUUGCAAUGCUUCAAAGCUUGUGUAUCUUGAAGUUGCUAACAAUAGUUUUAGUGGACAAAUUCCCAUGAUGUUAGGUAACCUGGUGCACCUUAAGAAUCUUAAUCUGCAAAACAAUUUAUUGGUAAACAAGCCUGGAGCCACAUAUCUUGACUUCCUGAAUUCAAUGGUAACUUGCUGGAAUCUCGAGUACCUAAUUCUUGAAUCUAAUCCUUUGAAUGGAAUGUUUCCGGAAUCAAUAGGAAAUUUAUCAAGCAAAAUGAAGGUCCUUCCUGCAGCGAAUUGUGGGAUUAGAGGCAGUAUUCCAAUAAGCCUUGGAAACUUAAGUAGCUUGAUUUACCUGGGAUUGGAAAAUAAUAACAUUGUCGGUAAUGUGGUUCCCUUCUUUAUUGGCUUGCAAAAUCUGGAAAGGCUGUAUCUUACUGGAAAUAAAUUAGAAGGGCCUUUUCCAGCUGAACUGUGCAGCAUACAAAGAUUAGGUGUUUUGCACUUGGGAGAAAACAGACUAUCAGGAUCAAUACCUUCAUGUAUUGGUAAUCUGACUGAAUUAAGGGAAAUGUCAAUUGCUGCCAACAAUUUCAACUCCAACUUACCUUCAAGUUUUUGGAGAUUAAUAAAACUUGACGGUCUGAACUUGUCCAAAAACCUGCUGCAUGGUUUCUUACCUUCUGAUGUGGGAAAUCUGAAAGCAGUGAACAUCAUGGACCUCUCUUUUAAUAAGUUUUUUGGUGAAAUACCCAAUUCCAUAGGGUCACUUCAAAAUCUAGUUUCACUAGAUAUGUCAAGAAAUGCAUUUCAAGGUCCCAUGCCAAAUACAUUUAGCAAUCUAAUUGUUCUUGAGUAUUUGGAUUUGUCUAGUAAUGCUCUAUCUGGUAUGAUUCCCAAACCUCUCGAGCUAUUGCGAGAUCUCAAGUAUCUCAAUGUUUCUUUCAACAACUUGCAAGGAGAAGUUCCAAAGAAAGGGGUAUUUGCAAAUAUCAGUUGCCAGUUUUUCAUGGGAAAUCCAAGACUUUGUGGAGCACCUGACUUACAUAUUCCUUUGUGUCCAGCUCGAAGCAGCACGACAACAAGGAAAAAGUCUCUUAUCCUUGGAACAACAGUAUCUGCUGCUGCAGUAUUUCUGAUAUUGGUCGCUUUGUUUUUCACAUGGAUGAUUUGGUCAAGGAAAAAGCAUGUGAAGAGCAAAAAUGGAACUGAUUCCUCAUUCAGAAUGGGUCAUCAGAGGAUCAGUUAUUAUGAGCUUCUCCAAGCUACUGAAAACUUCAGUCAGUCCAACCUAGUGGGAAGUGGAAGUUCUGGUACAGUAUACAAGGGUAAGUUGUCUGGUGAUAAUGUCUUUGCAAUCAAAGUUUUUGAUAUGCAAUGGCAAGGGGCUUUAAAAAAUUUUGAUUCAGAAUGUGAAAUUUUGAGCAAUGUAAGACACAGGAACUUGGUCCAGAUUGUAUCAACUUGCUCAAAUAUGGAUUUCGUGGCGAUGGUACUGGAGUAUAUGCCUAAUGGAAGCUUAGAUAAAAUGUUAUACUCCGAUAGAAAUUGUUUGAGCCUUGUUGAAAGACUCAAUAUAAUGAUCGACGUAGCACUGGCCGUAGAGUAUCUUCAUCAUGAUUAUACAGUGUCGAUUGUGCACUGCGAUCUAAAGCCGGCUAACGUGCUUCUUGAUCAGGAUUUGACUGCCCAUGUGGCAGAUUUUGGGAUUGCAAAAAUGUUGGCACAAGAAGGAAACAAUGCUCAAACGAAGACCCUGGGAACUAUUGGUUAUAUUGCUCCAGAAUAUGGUUUAGAUGGGCAAAUAUCCACAAGCAGUGAUGUUUAUAGCUUUGGGAUUUUGUUGCUUGAGACAUUCACAAGAAAGAAGCCUACUGAUGACAUGUUUGGAGGAGACUUAAGCUUGCAUAAAUGGGUAUCUCUCUCAUUUCCUGAUGCUGUUAUUGACAUUCUAGAUGCAGACCUUGUUAGUGACAUUGCCUUUACAAGUGAUGAAAACCAAAGCCGAAUCAAACAGUUGUUGGUUUCGAUCAUAAAUGUUGCAUUCCUAUGUUUGAAAGAGUUACCAGAGGAAAGGAUAAACAUGAGAGAGGUUGUGGUGCAGCUGAAGAAAAUAAGAGCUGAAUUAACCAAGAUUUUUAGCAAUUCUCAUACAAAACCUUAGAAAAGGGAUUGAUGCAGCAACAAGCAGAAUCAGUUUCUCGAUAUCCUACAUACUAAUUAUGUGGAUAUUCUCCGACGUUGUCUAUCUUUUUUAAGAGCUAUUAUGGACCUUCCACAUUUGUAAACCUAUCAGUUCUUUAGUGAAUAGUCUUUGCAGUAUUCGUCAA